AGUCACAAUGGCUUCAGCGUUCCGCAUCUCUCUGAAACCAAAGGUCAGUGAUAGUAUGACUCAUAUGAUGGUGGACUUCGCUUUGGAAAGGCACAUGCUCAAGGCUGUAAAGUUUUUGCCAGUCCCUAAAGCUCCAGAGAUAGACCUAGCAGCAUGUCUGGUUGCUGAUAACUGCAUAACAGUAUCAUGGCAAAUGCCUGAAGAAGACAGCAGAAUUGAUCAUUUUGUACUGGAGUACAGGAAAACCAACUUUGAUGGGCUUCCUCGAGUAAAAGAUGAACAGCGGUGGGAACUGAUAGACUAUAUUAAAGCUACUGAAUAUACGUUAUCAGGUCUCAAAUUUGAUACAAAAUACAUGAGCUUUAGAGUACAAGCUUGCAACAAAGCUGUGGCAGGGGAAUACUCUGAUCCUGUGACUCUGGAAACCAAAGCAUUUGUGUUCAGUUUGGACAGUACUUCAUCUCACCUGAACUUGAAAGUUGAAGAUACAUAUGUUGAAUGGGAUCCUACUGGAGGCAAAGGCCAAGAAAAAAUAAAAGGCAAGGAAAAUAAAAGCAGUGUCCAGAAUCCUCUGCUGAAGAGCAAUAGAAGAAGCGGUGCACCAUCUCCAAAGAGGACAUCCAUGAGCACAAGAUCCUCAGUGAGGAGCAGCAGAGAUCAUUUUACUGGUGAAUCAUACACAGUGUUGGGAGACACUGCUAUUGAAAGUGGACAGCAUUACUGGGAGGUGAGAGCCCAGAAGGACUGCAAAUCCUACAGCGUGGGAGUAACAUAUAGAAACCUGGGGAAAUUUGACCAGCUCGGAAAGACCAAUUCAAGCUGGUGCAUCCAUGUCAACAACUGGCUGCAAACCACAUUUUCAGCAAAACAUAAUAAUAAAACCAAGACUCUAGAUAUACCUGUUCCAGACAGAAUAGGAGUGUACUGUGACUUUGAUGGAGGUCAGCUCACAUUUUAUAAUGCAAACUCAAAGGAGCAGUUAUACACCUUCAGAACAAAGUUUACCCAACCAUUACUGCCAGGCUUCAUGAUUUGGUGUGGUGGGCUUACAGUGAGUACUGGAUUGCAGGUGCCAAGUGCUGUGAAAACACUCCAGAAAAGUGAAAAUGGGUUGAGUGGUUCAACAAGCAGUCUAAACAAUAUUGCCUAG